AUGCAGAAAGCUCGACCUCCCCCUCCUCCGCCCAAGCCCAAGUCGCUCUCGUCAAACCCAGCAGUGUCUCAUCCCAAUUCCCACAGCCGCAAGCGCGGCCUAGGAUGGCCUUGGGACCAACCCAGCACGCACUUCGCCCUCUACCGACCGUACGCCACGUCGGGCAAGAUCUCCUGGGUCUUCAACUGGGAAUGCUGGGUGCCGGACUCCGUGCCGCCCGAGGUGGAAUGGAUUCCCUGCGUCCGCACCGCGGCCAACGCCAGAGACCAACUCGACCCGUUCCUGACCGACAUCAUCCAGAACCGAGGGAUCAAGACCUCUGCGCUGCUGGGGUUCAACGAGCCGGAGAUCGCAGACCAGGCGAACCUCCCCGCGCACGAGGCGGCCAGGCUGUGGACGGACGUGGUCCUGCCCGUGAAGCGGAAGUUCAAUCUCCGCCUGGGCAGUCCCGGCAUGAGCAGCGACGUGUCGCGGAGCAAGCCGUGGCUGAACUCAUUCCUCUCCGUCCUGGACGGGAGACACGAGAUUGAUUUCCUGGUGGUGCACUGGUACGGCCCGCGUUUCGCGGACAUGAGGGCCUUCUUGGAGGAGAUGCACGCCACGUACGGCCUGCCGCUGUGGGUGAACGAAUUUGCCUGCUCCAAGAUGGGCGGCGGAGAGGCCAGCGUCGAGGAGGUCGAGGCUUUCAUCAAAGAGGCGGUGCCGUGGCUCGACGGCUGCCGCUGGGUCGAGAGGUAUGCGUACUUUGGGAACAAAGACGUCGGCACCUGGGUUGGCAGAGCGAGCAAUUUCACGGAAGAAGCCGCCCAAGCGACGGAUACAGGGGGAAGCCAGCUGACGAGAGUGUCAAGACUCUACUGCGAGCUUUGA